AUGAUUGAUUCCGAUCCCAUAAUAUGGAUGCUCGCAGACUCUGCCCUCCCAACAGGCGGAUUUGUUGCAUCAGCAGCACUGGAAGUCGCAGUCCAAACCAAACACAUCACAAACAACGCAUCUCUAAUGGAAUUCCUAACCUCAAAUAUCAAGACGUAUGGUCACUCGGCUGGUAUUAUCAUGGUUUCCGCCUUUGAUGCUAUCACAACCACGGUGGAUGAAGAUUUGACCUUGUCGCAAUUGGUCAAGAUUGAUUCGUUUUAUGAUGCUUGCACUACCAACCAUAUUGCUAAACGAGCGUCGAAGACUCAAGGAAGUGCGUACUUGACCCUCUUGUCUAAAUCGUUUGAGGGAAGGAGGCUGGGGUUGGAUGUGUUUACCAAGUACAAGAAUUAUGUCCGAAUUGGAAAGACAUCUGGACAUUUACCAGUGUGCUUUGCUCUAGCGUGCAAAGAGCUUAGCUUAUCGAGUGACAAGGCACUACAUUUGUUUUUAUUCUUGCAUGCAAGAUCUAUGGUAUCAGCAGCCGUUAGAUUGAAUCAGAUUGGACCAUACCAAGGACAAUCCAUCUUGUUUGAUUUACAACCCCAUGUCCAGCAGACUUGCAAGCAGGUAGAAAACAAGACACUUGAUGAUGUGCAUAACAGUGCUCCAUUGAUUGAUAUUUUGCAAGGGAUGCAUGAUAAUUUGUACAGUAGGCUGUUUAACUCAUAG